ACGUGGCAAAAUGGCGGACGGUGAAGAAAUUUUGAUCAAGAGGUUAUUCGAGAUUAAUGCCAUUAAAUUUGGUAAAUUCAYUCUGAAAAGUGGCAUAGAGUCACCGGUGUAUGUUGAUCUACGAGUCAUCGUGUCGUAUCCYGAUGUUUUAAAGUUGGUGAGUGAUUUAAUGUGGGACGUCGUGAAGAAAGCUGGACUUCGUUUCGAUGUCCUCUGUGGCGUCCCAUACACUGCUUUACCUAUCGCUUCCUGCAUGGCUGUCAGUAAUAAUGCGCCGAUGGUGAUGAGGAGGAAAGAAGCAAAGUCUUAUGGAACCAAGAAAAUAAUCGAAGGCCAUUUUGAGGAGGGCAAUCGGUGUCUUGUCGUGGAAGAUGUCGUGACUAGUGGCUCCAGUGUCUUGGAGACAGUGGAAUCAUUAAAUGCAGUUGGCCUGAAAGUCAGCGAUGCAGUGGUACUCCUCGACCGUUGUCAAGGCGGUAAAGACAAACUAAAAGCUAGUGGAAUCAAUCUGUACGCGUUGGUUUCRCUCCCAAAGGCCUUACAAGUYCUGCAUUGCAUGGGCAAGGUSAAUUCAGCUGUUGUUGACMGUGUGAAGGAGUUCUUGACAGCAAACCAGUUCAAGGCGGAAACUGUCCAGCCCAAGAYAGUGAGAGCAAGGACCAUGAGCUAUGCAGCAAGAGCAGAGAACUCUAAACACCCACUCACAAAAAAGCUGUUCCAAAUAAUGGAUUUCAAAGCCACUAAUCUUGCAGUGUCAAUUGAUCUAACCAAGRGUGCAGAUAUCUUGAGUUUGAUUGACAAGGUUGGUCCUCAUGUCUGCAUCGUCAAAACUCAUGUCGACAUCAUUGAAGAUUUUACGCCUGGUUUUGUAGCUUCACUUAACGAGCUUGCAGCAAAGCAUAAUUUCUUAAUCUUUGAGGAUAGAAAAUUUGCUGACAUUGGCAACACGGUCAAACUCCAAUACAGCGAGGGAGUCUACCACAUUUCUGAGUGGGCCCAUAUCACUAAUGCCCAUGUAGUCCCUGGUGAAGGGGUGAUUACAGGGUUAAAAGAUAUAGGGGGACCAAAAGGUAGAGGGUGUCUCUUGUUAGCUGAAAUGAGUGCCAAGGGAAAUCUUGCCACAGGGGAUUAUACCAAGGCUGCUGUUGACAUGGCAACCAACCACCAAGACUUUGUUAUAGGGUUUAUCAGCCUUAAUAGUUURGUUGAUGAUCCAGAGCUUAUUCACAUGACACCAGGAGUGAAGCUAACAGAAGGAGGCGACAAACUGGGGCAGCAGUACUUAACGCCAGAUGAAGUGGUCGGUAAGAGGGGAAGUGACAUCAUCAUUGUUGGUAGGGGAAUCUAUCAAGCCGAGGACCCAGUCAAGGCAGCAAUGGAGUACAAAGAGGCUGGCUUUAAGUCAUAUUUACAAAGAAUAGCCUAGGAAUAGCCUAACUUCAAUUCUCUGUUACUGCCAGUUAAGUACUUACUGAUGCAGUAAUUUUUCAAGUACCAUCGUCAAACACAGUAGGCUWUAUAUUUUCAUACAUUUUUUGAAUGAUUGAGAAAAAUUAAAUUGAUUGGAUUUAAAUGAUUAUUACUGAAGUCUAGUUAGGAGAUACACCAUUUUAUAGUUCUGUUCAGUGAUCAUGAAUAAUACAGUAGUUGCAAGCCAAGUUUGGAGUUGCCGUGCAUGAUAAAGAGUACGGUUUAUCUACGCACGGAAACUCCAAUCUUGACUUGGAACCAUUAUUCRUGGUCACUGAACWGAACUAUAAAAUGGAGUAUUGUCAUUGGCCAAAAUAUUCAGUUGUGGUUUUGAUGCMACUAUGAAUUGAGGGAGCUAGCAGAUGGUAUUUUCUAUUGACUAAUAGGCAUUAGCUAUGAUUAGAUUUUAUUGUAUUACUCAAGUAACUUUUUUUGUUUGAAGAAAAAGAAAUUCAUAUUUUGUAAUAUUGAAGUUUGUUGUAAAACAGCAAGAUGAGAUUGAUGGGAUUAAAUGGUUAAAGUAUGUGGAGUAAA